AUGGACCAAAAGAUUGAUUCUACACGUAGUGUUGCAUCCCUAACAACCCGAUGGGGAACAAUUAAUAGGGAAACAGUUAAAUUUGUUGGGUCCUUAGCUAAAAUUGAAGCAAAGAAUGAAAGUGGAACCACGGCUCAUGACAAGAUUGAGAAAGCAAAGGAAUUGUUUAAAGAAAUUCACGGUUCCGUUUUUCAAUUUGAACAUUGUUGGCUAAUCUUGAAGGAUUAUCCAAAGUGGGCAUCUACUAUGCCUAGGGGAGAUUCAAGAAAAGAAAUGCCUCAAACUCCAGAUUUAAUAGAUCAAGGAGUGGGGGUUGAUGGCAUUAUGGAUUUCGAGAGGCCAAUAGGUAGAAAAGCUGAAAAGGCUAAUCGAAAAAGAAAAGAUGAUGGGCAAGAUAUUGCAACGCAAUAUUUGAAAAAGAAAAUGAAAGUUCUUGAAGAAGGUUGUGUAGCCAAAAAAGAGAGAAUACGUAUCAAAGCGGAAAAGGUUUCGCUUGCAAGAGUUGAAAGAGAAUGA